CACUUCAGUCCUCACUCCUCACAGCACUAGCACGCCAAGAUGAUUCACAAUAUUCACAGCUAGUUUUCAGUGAAGUACAUAUUUUUUUUAAUUUUAAACAGUAAUAUAUAACUACUCAACACUUCAACCCUAGAUUAUUUUAUAUUUAAUAUACAUGUCCAGUAGCUAUCUGAAAGUGAUCCAGUAGCAGCGGUCCGUCAAGAACUAGUUUUGACACGAUUGAUUAUUAAAAGGAAGCAUAUCAUGUAAGAGAGUGAUUACUCUCCAGCAGUAAGAAACGAUAAGGAAUUGAAUAUCAUGUUUGUACCAACAAAAUCCUCUCAGCUUCGAUCAUCUGUACCCUACCAAGAAGUGGCUUUUGAGUCGUACAAAAAGAAUAGUCAUGACCAGCAGAAACCAAAGGUCAAAACAAUGGAGCCAGCUAAGGAGAAGACUGAUGAAGUAUCAAUAAAAAAAUUAAGGUUAGAUGUGAUGAAAUUUGCAACCACUGGUUUCACACGUAGAAAACAGAAAGUGGCCAAGGAGGCUAUCCUUGUUGAGUUGGGUGCAAAACCAGCCCCAAAAAAGUAUCACAAUUACAAAGAUUUGAAGGUAAUGAGGAAAAGAAGAAUUCAAGAGAUUAGCAAGAGGGACGAGAUACUAGAAAAGUGCAAACAGCCAGCCUUAACAAAGAAAAUUAGUCGAAAAACUAGUAAUAAUAAAAAAUUGAGCAUAAGUAAAAAAGGUAAAGAUGAUAAUAUCUUAGGGAAAUGGGGAUCUGUUAAAAAAUGAAACUUUGACUGUAUAUUCUGAUGUAAUAUAUUUUCUUAUGCUAUUAAAACUUGAUUGUACCAUAA